AUGAGACUACGUCCUUACCAGCUCAAGGAGCCAGCCUUUGUCUUUGGUAACAUUUGCGCCGUGUCACCACAAGACUUCCAACCCAACCCCGAUGGCAGCGACCUCUACCUUCUGAUCAAUGGCUUCUUCGUCAUCUCAGCGCGCAUCAAGCAGGGCUUCCCUGGCGGUCACAUCAGCAUGUCUGAUCCUCAGCGCACAUGGAUGCAAAUCGCCCUCACCGACGAAAUCGAUGUUCAACCCUACGACGCCUUCGCACAGGGUGCAUCAAGCUACCUGGGAAACAUGGACGUAGAAGUCGGCUUUGCCGGAAAGAAGUCAACCGAAGCACCCUACGAUCAAGAUGAACUUGCCGCUGCUUUCAUCCACAACUUCCGUAACCAAAUCUUCUCUCCUGGCCAACUACUGCUCAUGGAUUACAAGGGUAUUCCCCUUCGUAUGAUUGUCAAGACAGUCGAGUUGGUAGAUCUAUCCAUGAAGGCUGGUUCCGAUACACAAGGCCCUACACCAGACCCUCGUGCUCGUGGUAUCCUUACACAAGAGACUCAAAUCAACUACUACAAGGAUGUCAAGACCGGUAUCAACAUCAAGGGUUCCAACCGUCGUCCUGCUGCCAACUCGGUCGUCCGUCCCGACUUCAAGUUCGAGAACAUGGGUAUUGGUGGUCUCGACACUGAAUUCGCCGCCAUCUUCCGUCGUGCUUUCGCUUCAAGAAUCUUCCCCCCUGGUCUCGCCGACAAGCUGGGUAUUCAGCACGUUCGUGGUAUCCUUCUCUACGGUCCUCCCGGAACCGGUAAAACUUUGAUCGCUAGACAAAUCGGAAAGAUGCUCAACGCAAGAGAGCCCAAGGUCAUCAACGGUCCUGAAGUCCUCAACAAGUACGUCGGUCAAUCAGAGGAGAACAUCCGAAAGCUCUUCGCAGACGCAGAGAAAGAGUACAAGGAGAAGGGUGAUGAAUCUGGUCUGCACAUUAUCAUUUUCGAUGAACUGGAUGCUGUCUGCAAGCAGAGAGGUUCAGGAGCUGGCGGUGGUACUGGUGUUGGAGACAGCGUCGUCAACCAGUUGCUUUCCAAGCUUGAUGGUGUCGACCAACUGAACAACAUUCUGCUCAUCGGUAUGACCAACAGAAAGGAUAUGAUCGAUGAAGCUCUUCUCAGAUCUGGUCGUCUGGAAGUACACAUGGAGAUCUCACUGCCCGACGAGCACGGCAGAGCCCAGAUUCUUAAGAUUCACACCACAAAGAUGCGCGAAAACAAUGUCAUGGGUGACGAUGUCAACCUUCAGGAGCUCGCAGCUUUGACUCGUAACUUCAGUGGUGCUGAGAUCAGUGGUUUGGUUAAAAGUGCAUCAAGUUUCGCAUUCAACCGUCACAUCAAGGUCGGCACGUUGGCUGCAAUCGAUGACAACAUCGUGAACAUGAAGGUCAUGCAGCAAGAUUUUAUUGAUGCGCUCGGUGAAGUACAGCCCUUGUUUGGUGUAUCAGAGGAAGAGCUUGACCGUUGUGUUGAAGGCGGUGUCAUCCACUUCGGCAAGCACAUCGACAGUAUCCUCGAGCGUGGCCGUUUGUUCGUCAACCAAGUCCGUUCAGGCGACACACCUCUACUCUCUGUGUUGCUUCACGGUCCACGUGGAAGUGGAAAGACUGCCCUCGCAGCGAAGAUGGCACUGGAUUCCGAAUUCCCAUUCAUCAAGCUCAUCAACCCCAUGGAUCUGGUCGGCAUGAAUGAGAUUCAGAAGAUUCAGACCCUGCAGAAGGUCUUCACAGACGCAUACAAAAGUCCUCAGAACGUGCUCGUUAUUGACAAUAUCGAGCUAUUGAUCGAUUGGGUACCUGUAGGACCUCGCUUCAGUGCGAGCGUGCUAGCAGCUUUGAAGGUCAUGAUGCAGAACAAGCCUCCAAAGGGUCGUCCAUUGCUUAUCUUUGCAACCACAUCGUCGCGCAGCGUGUUGCAGCAGCUCCAACUCGAGUUCUCUGCUCAAAUCGCAGUACCGAACAUCCAAACACACUCUGAGCUCGAAGCAAUCAUGAAACAAAGCGGCGCUUUUGCUGAUGCUGACAUACAGCGCGCGCUCACAGAGAUCCAGGAGACUACUGGAUCAAGGACUAUUAAUGUCGGUGUUUCGAGCAUCUUACUAGCCAUCCAAACUGCCAAACAAGAUCAGGAUAGAACUGGUAGAUUCGCAGAGGUGGUUAGCGAGAUGUGCGCUGACAACAAUGUCAAUUACGAGUAA